GAAGCUUUUUCUUUGAUCGACGGCUCGAAGGACGGGAUCAUUGAUCAAGGUGAUCUUGAAGAGGUUUUUCGUUCUAUGGGGAAGAACCCAUCCGAAGAAUACCUCGACGAGAUGCUUAAACAGGCUCCCGGUUGUAUUAACUUCACCAUGUUCCUCACGCUUUUUGGAGAGAAGAUGAUGGGGUGUGAUCCUGAAGAAACCAUACUUAACGCAUUUGCUCAAUUUGAUCCCAACAAUACAGGAGUUAUCAGUGAGGAGCGACUACGCGAACUAAUGACCACAAUGGGGGACCGUUGGACCGACGAGAAGGUGGACGAGCUAUUUCACGGUGCCCCCAUUAAGAACGGCGACUUCAACUACCGCGAAUUCACCAAAAUGAUUAUGCAUGGUCAGCAGGACGAUGAGGACCAGAGUCACCCGGCCGCCCGAUAA